AGCUGGAGCUGGAACUGGAGGAGAAGGUGGCUCUGAAGGAUAUGUCUCAGUCAAUGGUUCCAGCGGAGGAGAGCGAUAUUGAGGGGAAGGAGUCUUGGGAGGAUCUUCAGGCUGAGCUGAUAAACCAGCAAAAGCAGCUUGCCCAGGAUCAGCAGAGUGGGACCGUUGAACUGAAGGAGUCCUGGGAUGACCUUCAGAGUGAGUGGAUGAGCCAGGACCAAGUCAAAGACAGCCCUGAGUCGAAGGAUUCAGAGGAUGCCCUUCAGAGUCUCCAAGGGCAGCUGUACCAGGACCACCUUGAAGAUAUUCUUGAGCUAAAGGAGUCCCAGGGUGCCCUUCAAAAUGAAUUGAUGUGCCUGCAAGAGCAGCUGUCCCAGUAUCAUCUCACAGAUAUCCUGGGGCUGAAGGAGUCCCAGAAUGCCCUUCAGAGUGAGUUCAAGGGGCUGCAAGAGCAGUUGUUUGAGUUUGUACCUAUAAUCCAGGACCAUCUCAAAGAUGUCCAUGAGCUGAAUGAGUCCCAGGAUUCUCUUGAGAGUGAGUUGAAGGGCCUGCAAGAACAGCUGUCCCAGUCCAUGACUACAAUUCAGGACCUUCUCAAAGAUAUCCUUGAAAUGAAAGAGUACCAAAAUGAGUUGAAGAACCUGCAGGAGCAAAUUUCACAGGACCAUCUCAAAUAUAUCCUUGAGCUGAAGGAGUCCCAGGAAGCCCUUCAGAGUGAGCUGAAGGUCAUGCAAGAGCAGCUGUCCCAGUUCAUAGCUCAGACCCAGGACCAGAACAAUGAAAUCAUUGAACUAAAGGAGUACCGGGACGCCCUUCAGAAUGAGAUAAAGGGGCUGAAGGAGAAGUUGUCCCAGCUGGACAAGCAUAGCUCGGUGCUGUCACGAAGCCUAUUGGGGAAAGUGCCCGGGCAGGCAGUCAGCCGGAUGCAGCAGGUGGCCGUCUGUCCUCCAUCCUCUGUGGACAUCAAUACGACACUUAGCCAGCAGUACCAGCACCACAAGGAGCUCCAGGGGCUGGUCAGCAGCCCACUGACAAUGGAGGGAAAUGGCAGGACAGUGGAUGGCUCAGAAAUGCAGAGCCUGCCAGGGGAGGACGAUUUUGAGCUGGAGCCAGGGCAGAGACUCGGCUACAUGUGGGAGGAGUCCAUGUUCCCCCCUUCCCCUGGGGACAUCAGCAGGAGGGUUAGCCAGGAGUUCCAGCACCAUGAUCAGCUCCGGGAUCUGAUGAUGGAAGGUGAUGGCAGGACAGUGGAGGGCUCAGAAAUGCAGAGCCUGUCAGGGGAGGUUGAUCUGGAGCUAGAGCCAGGACAGAGGGUCAGCUGGAUGCAACAAGAGGGCAUCGCCCCACCUUUUUCUGUGGACAUGAGAAGCAGAGUUAGCCAUCAGUUCCAGCGCCACGAGCAGGUCCACGGUGUGGUCAGUGGCUUUGUGAUGAAAGAUGGCAGUGGCUCACAGAUGCAGGCCCAGGAACUGCUUAACAAGUACCCUACACAAACAAGCAUUUUGGAGCUCCAGAAACAAUGUGAGAAGCUUGGUGGCACCACUGUCCAGCUUAUGGAGGGCCAAAGCCAGCAGCAGAAGCAAAUUGAUAUGAACCGCAAAGAGUCAGAAUUGAUGAAGAAAAAGCUGCAACAUUGCUGGGAGGUCAUCUGUAAGGUGGUGCAGGCUCAGGCCGACUCAGAGGUGGAAAAUGCCGCUGUCAUCAGGAAGCAGAUCCCAACUCAUUAUCACUGCUUAUCUUGCAACCGUCGCCUUGAUUCGAUGGUCCCUGCACCGAAACCGACUUUGUCCGGAGCAACCAGUCUGCCGUCACAAAAGCCCUUCCCUCUGAGGAAGGUGGAAGAGAUCCAACCGCAUUCCCAGAGACAGGCAGAGGGUGUGCAGAGCCAGGUAAAUGGCCAAGAUCAGCCUGUGGAGCAGGGCUACAGAAAGCAGAUGCAAUCCCGCUUCCCACCCAUCCAAGGCACUACAUAUGGGACCGGAAUGACUGUUUUCCAGCAUGAACAAACUCAAGAGAUUUCAGUGUCCCAGAGCUAUGGUGGCAGCCAGGCUUUGACCUACUUAAAACAGCGCUAUACACCCUUGCAGCGAGUCUCAGGCCUGGAUAAGGAGAAGGUGGACAUCCUAGGAAAUGAUGGGCACCUCUACAAAGGCUGUGCUAGCACCAGAGGCAUGGAGCACAGGUCUCCCUUCAUCUCCAAAGAGGCGCUUAGCCAAUAUGCAGGACUGGAGAUAAAGGACCUCACUGGAAACUGGAUCCCCAAAAAUAUGUCUCUGAUGAGUUCCAUGACGGUGGUGCAUGAGCUGUAACCCAGCAUUUCAUCAUGGACUGUCACCAUUUAAUUCUCUGAUGACCCUGGAAGCACUUUUGCAUUACAAGUUGCCUUGGACAACAUGGUAAGAUACUUGUGUAAAACAUGGUACAAUCCAUAAAUUCUAAAACUGGCCCGUGUUUUACCUUGCUAAACAAAGAUCUCUUUGGCCACAGCUGUACAUACGUGGGCCAUGAGUCCCUGAAGAUCUUGGUGUGUGAGCAAGUUUGCACAGUUGUUGUCUGAAGGAACUGCACACAGGGUGAUCGGUUGCAAUAUCCUGAUAAACUGCUAAACAGCUGAUGAUGUAGAUUUUCAUAGCCAGCCCAGCUUUUUUCCCAA